AGUCGCGAACGCGCCAUAGUGUCGAUGCGCGGUUAGGGUGACGCGUUGAUAUCCGUGUGAAUUUGCCGCAAACAAGUGAGAGUGUUGGUGUAACAAUAAAUAAUUUUUAUUUACCGCAACAACUAAUAGAUAAUUUCCAAAAAAAAUGCUAAACUGUAUUGAUUCGACCUUUCUAAUUGACGAUCUAUUGACGAAGGGGAGUGCCUCGUACACGUAAAGCUUAGCUCACGUCAAAUUACACUUAACAAUUCGUCGCCAGAUAACAAAUUGUUUAUUCUUACCUUCAAAAAUCCUUAUAACCUGCUAGUACUCGACCAAUGAAAAUGUCGCACAGUGCGAGCGCGGAAAAUCUCUCAGUAGACGGUCAAAAUAGCGGGGGAGAUAGCAACAUGUGUUUGGAAUUGGCCCUUGAAGGCGAGCGUCUAUGCAAGGAGGGCGAUUGCCGCACAGGUGUUGCAUUUUUUCAAGCAGCAAUACAGGCUGGAACGGACGACCUAAGAACGUUGAGCGCGAUCUACAGCCAACUUGGAAAUGCUUACUUUUAUCUUGGCGAUUACGUCAAAGCAAUGCAGUACCACAACCAUGAUUUAACAUUGGCAAGAACUAUGGGAGAUAAAUUAGGGGAAGCUAAAUCGAGCGGAAAUCUUGGAAAUACUCUGAAAGUUAUGGGAAAGUUUGACGAAGCUACGAUAUGCUGUAAAAGGCAUUUAGAAAUAUCGAGGGAACUAGGCGAUAAGCUCAGCGAAGGUCGAGCUCUUUACAAUCUCGGAAAUGUUUAUCACGCCAAGGGUAAACAAAUUGGCAGAGUCGGACAGCAAGAUCCAGGAGAAUUUCCUGAGGAUGUUAGACAGUGUCUUCAGGAAGCUGUUCAUUACUACGAAGAAAAUUUGAAGCUGAUGAGAGAGUUGAGCGAUACAGCUGCACAAGGGAGAGCAUGUGGAAACUUGGGAAACACAUUUUACUUGCUGGGUGAUUUUCAACAAGCAAUUCAUUACCACAAUGAAAGAUUAAAAAUUGCACGAGAGUUUGGUGAUAAAGCUGCGGAAAGACGAGCCAACAGCAAUUUGGGGAACUCGCAUAUAUUUCUCGGAGAAUUUGAAAAAGCAGCUCAACAUUACAAACGUACGCUGGUCCUUGCUCAAGAAUUGCGUGACCGAGCGGUAGAAGCACAAGCGUGUUAUUCCCUUGGCAAUACCUACACGCUCCUCCGCGAUUACCAAGCUGCUGUAGACUACCAUCUCCGUCAUCUUUCCAUUGCGCAACAGCUGAUGGAUCGAGUUGGAGAAGGUCGAGCCUGUUGGUCGUUGGGAAAUGCUUACUCAGCAAUGGGUAACCAUGAGAAAGCGCUGCACUUUGCCAGCCUACAUUUGAAUAUUUCUAAAGAGUUGAACGAUCCAAUGGGUCAGGCUACCGCUCAGAUGAACGUUACCGAUCUGAAGAAGCUUUUAGGCUUAGAAAAAGGCGACGGAGAAGCGGAGAGUGGAAACGGAAUGCAUUUAAUUCCAACGACCAAAGCCUCGGCUAUAGCGGCUUCUUCGCCAGGUAGAUACAGGUUGAGAAGACAGAGCAUGGACAAUCUGGAUCUGAUCAAGUUAUUUACAAGGACCAUGGAACCGUUGACUCCAGAUGGUAAGCAAAAAGAUAUGGGUGAGCCUCUGCCUGCUAGAGCCGGAAUCGCACCACAGCCUUCGCAAGAAGAAGAAGAAGAAUCUUUCUUCGAACUUCUAUCACGAUUUCAAUCAGGUCGAAUGGAUGAUCAGCGCUGUGUGCUAAAUGCCAAUCAAAAACCGAGACCCAGGCCAAGAGUGGCGACUCCAGAAAAAGAGAAAGAAGGAGAAGAUUUACUGGAGCUAAUAGCUGGAAUGCAAAGUAAGCGAAUGGAUGAGCAGCGUGUAACUCUGCCUUGCUUGCCAGGAUUGAAUACAAACAGGAACAAUCAGUCAGCGAAUAGGCCUCCCCCACAGCCAAUUGGGCAGGAAGCUGAUGAUUCAUUUAUUGAAAUGCUGGUGCGAUGCCAAGGCUCACGUUUAGAGGAUCAACGUAGUCCUUUGCCAGCUGCUUCAACAUUACACGAUGCAGAGGAGGAACAAAACCAAAGAAGAAACGGAAACACCCCAUCAAGAACUACCGUACCCGAAGAAGAUCUGUUUGCCCUAAUUCAGAGACUGCAGGCUGGUCGCAUGGAAGAUCAACGAGCUUCUGGACCAGCAAAAGGCCAUUAAAACUGUAAGUAAGUAUACCAACUAUUUGAUGAAAAUAAUAAUAAAUUAAUACUAAGCAAUCUUUGAAAAAAUAACAUUUUGGAAAGGUAUCACCACUGUAUAAUCAACAUGAGUAACUAAAAAUUUUCGGUGUAACCAUUUGAAUUUUGUAAAAAUCAACUCAUGGUGAUUACAAAUGAUAUGUCCAAAAAUGUUACAUUUACAAUGUAAUCAAUGGCUAGGUGGUCGAUAAAAAUUUGUACAAUAGAUUCUUUAUAAGUUCUCGCAUGCUAAUUUCCUCUCUUUUCACAAAAUAGUCAAUCGGGUGACUUUUCUUCUAGCUACAAUUGUGUGGUGCUCCCUAAAGUUUAAUUGAAACUCUGUGUCCUGUCCAAAUCGCAUUUCGACCCUUCAAAUAGGAUGGUUUGUUUUCUGCCCAACUUUGCUUCUUUACCACAGUUUGUCACAUUAAAAAGAAACGUUUUGAUAUCUUCCAUGUUAUUUACAUCAAAAGGAGAUAUUUUGUCACAAGGUUAUGGUGAAAAUUUUUUACUAGUGCCGUGAACCAAAUAUAAUACUUUUAUGGAAAGCAAAAUCAAACGACACUAUCAAAUUUCUUAAACCACCUAAUAAUUGAUUAUUUAUCAUUGAAAUCGUGCCAAAAAAGUAUCAUGAGACUCUUGGAUAAACGGACAUAUACUGAGAUGUAAGUCAGAGUACUGCACAAGAGAUUACAAUUAUCUUUGUGAUAGAUGUGUAUAAAAUUGUAUAAAUGCUGCGACAAAAUCUAUUAACAGUAAAAUAUAUGUAGAAAACGUUAGAAAAAUGUGGAGUAGGAUACUGAUCGGUUUUGUUGACUUUUUUCAACACCGUUACAAUGAAUCUUGAAUAUUUUGUUUCUCAUUCACAAUCCAAAAGAGUAGUGCAUAAGGAUUAUCAUUCAAACGUAAAAAAUAAAGGUACUACUAGAUAUGUACCUAUAUCCAAUGCAGGAAUCGAAUGAACCGAAAGCCAUAAAGCUAAUAUAGUUAAAGUAGUAUUAUUAAUAUGAAAAGUAAGUUAAUCAAUUUAUUACUUUUACGUUUUGUCUGUAAUAGGUCUCUUUUUUUCUUUUUGUCCCAUUUGAGCGUCAGCAAAUUUCUUCAACAGCCUAACUCUAGAAAUCCAGCUUCUUAAUUGUAAAAAUAUGUAUUCGCCCUUGUAAUUGGUGGUAUGUACAUACGUAGUAUUAUGUACAUUCAAUGCAGUUUUCCGAAUUCAUUACUAUACUAAAUUUCGAUUACUUUUCGUUAUGUUGAUUUGAAACAUUAUAUAAAAUUCAAACUAACAUUUGAUGCCACUCCGGAUAUUACAUGAUGAAAGCACAUGCAAAACAGUAGACAUUUGCAGUAAUCAGUUAUCUUCAUAGACAAAUCCCAUCGGAUAGCGUAGUGUUGUCUUGACGGUGCUAAGAUCACUAAAUAAAAUACGAUAUUACAUUUAUUAUUAAUCGUUCCAAAGUACUGAUUAAAUUUAUUCUUCACAGAGAAUAUAUAGUAAAGAAUCCUUUUUCGUAUUUCGUAAUUUUUUUUCGAAUGAGGUAGUUUUUCCAACGCAUGUAUAUUUUAAUAAUUAGGACGCACAAUCUACUGUUUGUUGUUAUUGCUAAAAAUAUACUCAGAGAUAGUUGUCAUUAAAAUAUUUACAGCCCUGUCGCUAACUUAAGUGGCAAAGAAAUUAAAUUUGAGAGUAAACCAAAUGUGUGUUUCUUCCUUCAGAUGAAAUUUACUCUCCAUGUUAACUGUUUAGCUGUCAUUCAACACGCCAAGUUAUAGUAUCCAAUAUGGAUUAAAUUCUAUUGUAAAGCUAUGAAAUUCAUAAUGCGAACUACGCAUAGACGAAACGAUCAAACUUUUUAAAGCAAAUGCCUUUUUAUGCCUGCUAUAUAUUUAUAACACGUUACUGGAAAUAAGUUCUGAGAUGUGGACUUUGUUCAAAGACUGAACGAGUGUUUAAUUAAGAUGGCAAAUGAAAAGAAAUCGAUUCUUAAACGCAGGAAGAAGCAUUUUGAUUCACGAAAUUUAUGGGUUCCGUAAUAGUGAAGGUAAAACUUCCAUUGUUGAAGUAAAUUAAUAAUUCAUUUUCCUAAACUGCUAUAAAAUUGAAAGAUAAUCUAACUGACUAGUAUACGAACUUUUUGAUCAAUUAUAUAAACAAACUUCAAUUGUAAUAAUAAGAAGGUAUUGGAAUCUCAUUGAUAUUUCCCAAUUAAUGCUCGCAGAAUUUCUUCAAAUGAACAAAUUCUUUUCUCAAUAAAUGUAAUAUAAAGGUAAUAAUUCACUGUUCUGGCUAUAAGAAGCCAUCUAAUAAAACUUAUGCAAUUAAAGGUUAAAAAAUUUGUAGAAUAUGUAUAAUUAUACGUACAUAUAUUAUGCUUGUAGCAUAAAUAUUUACGUUUUUAUUAGUAGAGAAAAAAAUUGUUAUACACUUUGUAACAAGUAAUCCUAAUUUUACUCUAAAAGAUAUAUUUUUAUGAAAUAUAUGUUCCAAUAUCUUGAACAAACCAAACUGUUGCAAUUGUAGAUAUAGUUAUGAAUAGUAGAGAUCUGAUUUUAUUUCUCUAUAUUUAAUUCUCCAAAUCUAAUUUUUAAUCGCCAAGCAAACAAAAACCAACACGAGUAAGAAAAAUACAUUCCAGGAUGCGUUUACCUAAUAAGAAACUGUAGAAUUAUAAGGAAAUAAAAAUGUAAUUUUUCAUAA